AUGGGCAGAGAUUGGGAUUCGCCUGCAUCAUCCCCUCUUUCGCGAGAAUUAUCACCACUCUCACGUACACUGACGGAAGAUACCGCUAAGACCAGUGCUAAUACGGCUGUGAAAGACAAGAGUGACUUCAAAGCCAAGAGCAAGCGAUCUAAAAGUGUAUCUCAUCUCGCAGACAAGAAUAAGAUUUUGGGCAGCAGGAUGACACCAUUGGUGAGUGAAGAGCCCCCAGCAGGUGUGAUAGAUAACGAAAUCGACGUCGACAACGCGACGGAGCCUGUCGAUACCGCAGAAAAAGUGUUCAGAAGGCUGUCAGUGGGGUCAAACGACAUGAGGAGAGCUACAUCGCACGCGCAACUCUCUUCCACUACGCAUGGCAUGCGACUACUCUCGAAAGAUAUCCAGAAAUCGAUGGUCGUACUCGAGGUGAAAAAACUUAUGAUAGUAACUAAGAAGCAAGACAGUUCUCUGGUGUACCUCACGCGGGAAAUGGUGGAGUGGAUUUUGGUCAACUACCCAGCGAUGGAAAUUUAUAUCGAUGAGUCUAUAGAGAACUCUCACAGAUUUGACACCAAUGGGAUUAUCAGGGAUAGUAGAUGUGGAUCCAACCGCAUCAAGUGCUGGACCCCAGAGCUGGUGGCGAAAAAGGACAAUUUUUUUGACUUGAUUAUUACUUUAGGCGGUGACGGGACCGUGCUGUAUGUAUCUUCGUUGUUCCAGCGAAGUAUUCCGCCGGUGAUGUCGUUUUCUCUCGGGUCUCUGGGAUUUUUGACGAAUUUCAACUACGAAAACUUCAGACAAUCCUUGCCGCGGGUCCUGAACUCUAAGAUCAGGAGUAAAAUGAGAAUGCGGCUUUCUUGUAGGGUAUUCCGCAAGCGCAAGUGCAACAAAGAUGGCAGUCGCCCAAGGAAGAAGUUCAGCAUGAUCGGGGAAUACCAUGUUUUGAACGAGCUCACUAUUGAUCGGGGCCCGAGUGCAUUCAUCUCGAUGCUGGAAGUUUUUGGCGACAACUCGCUGCUAACGGUGGCUCAGGCCGACGGCUUGAUUAUUGCGACGCCCACAGGCUCCACCGCAUAUUCCCUCAGUGCAGGAGGCUCCUUAGUUUAUCCCAGCGUGAAUGCCAUUGCUGUGACGCCGAUCUGUCCCCACACCUUGAGCUUCAGGCCCAUUAUCUUACCUGACAGCAUGAAGCUCAAGGUCAAGGUGCCUUUGAACUCGAGAUCCACCGCAUGGGCUGCUUUUGACGGUAAAAAUCGUGUGGAGCUCUUCAAAGGUGACUACAUCUGCAUCACUGCCAGUCCGCAUUCGUUUCCCACUUUGGAAUCUAGCCCUACAGAGUUUAUCGACAGUAUCAGCAGGACGUUGAAUUGGAACGCGCGCGAGCCACAGAAAAGUUUUGCACAUAUGUUGUCCCAGAAGAACCAAAAGAACUAUGUUAGCGACACAGAAAAACAAAAACAAGACCAGCCCGAAGUUAGGGCCCCUUCGGAUGACGAGGAAGAGGACGAUUACACGACCGAUUCCGAAAACACACUGACAAAGCCCAAAGCGGCAUCUGCACUUCACACUCCGAAAUUAAAGCCAAAUUUCCAAUUGUAG